CACUGUCAAUGUAUGUAUUUCAAGCCAAUCCAAAUUCCAUGUUUUGUUUUAUUUGAUUUUUUCGCAGUCGAUUGUUCGAAUCGAAAUAAAUUGUGUUCGUUUUAGUGAAAGUGACUCAUUGACUGGAUUUUUUCAUUUUAUAUAUUUGUUUACUACCAAUAAAUAUUUGAUUCAAUUUGCCCGACAUUGCUAGUAAUAAGUUUGUCCUAUACCAUCCUAAUAUUAUGAGCGAAGAUAAGCAAUCAGAAGAUGGAUCCAAUGUGGCCGAUGGUUCCAAAGGGGACUGCGAGAAGGAUAAUGGUGAUAGCGGAAAGACGGACAAAGUAAAGAUUGACAUACUGCUGAAAGCAACAGGCAAUGCUCCCAUAAUGAAGAAGAAAAAAUGGGCUGUUGAUGCGGAGAAACAAAUCGGAUGGAUCAUGGAGUUUGUUAAGAAAUAUCUCAAAUUAGAACCUGAUGAAAAACUGUUUCUAUAUGUCAACCAGACCUUCGCUCCGUCGCCUGACCAAAUGGUGAAGAAUUUGUACGAAUGUUUCGGAACAGAUGGCAAAUUGGUGUUAAACUAUUGCAAAAGCCAAGCAUGGGGCUGACUG